AGCGGGAGGAUGGAGCUCCCGCCUCAUAUAAAGACCGUGUUGCCACCACGAGGACUCAGAGACGCUGAGAUAGUAGAGCAGAGCAGGGGAUGAUGGCGAGCUACGGCAGGCGCGUGGCAAUCCGCUGGACCGUCCUGGUGCUCACCCUGGACGCCACGAUACUAGCUCGGGACUUGAUGACACCCCUCACAGACAGAGGGCCAGAACCGGCGGUGGCAUCCACCGAGGCUUCUCCUGCGUCUCGCCUGAGGGGCCCAUGCUUCAAGGACGAUGUCGUCGCACUGAUGCAAGAAGCUGUGACGGAGAAUGGAGAAAUCACAAACCAUGGUCUGGCUUCGCUUGGAGUCUGCUCCCCUCCUCAGAGUGAGGAGAUCAGAGUAGUGCUACAGGAGUUGGCUCAGCUGACCGGGACCAACCAGGGACCGCAGCUCCUCCACCCCAGUGAAGUCCUGCUGGUUGAGGAUGAGCAGCGAGGGGCGCUCACGCUGACCUUUCACCUCUCUCAAUCUCCGCUGCUCAAACGGAGGCCCGUGCUGCUCCUGGUGUUGGAGCGGCCCGUGCAGCCGACAGAAGUGGAGCGUGUGACUUUCAGCAGCGCGUCGCUGCAGCCCGCUGCUCAGACCGUCUGCUUAUCGGAAGAAACGCGGCUCUUACUGCUGCUGGGUCAGGCGUCCCAGGUCCCCGGGCCCCACCAGUGGAGCAUUUCUGUGCAGAAUCAGGCUCAAGAAACCAGAAAUAAAGUGAAAGAGCUCUUCUCUGGCGGGAGACCGACCGGUGACCUCAAAGUGACCCCACUUCUGCUUUUCUCAGACGGCGCAGGAAGUGAAAGCAGCACCUCCCAGACUCUGACCUUCCUCUGCACACUGAGGCGGUUUUUGGGCGACAGUCAGCCGCAGGACCAGUCGACCUCUCCCGCCCUCCAGUUGGACUCUCUGCUGACCCUCCCUCCCCUCACGCUGGGCUUGUCUUCCAGCGAGAGUCUUCUCGCCCAACUCAUCAACUCCUCUGCUCCCACAGCGUUCACCUUCUCCAGCUUGGGCUUCCCAGUGCAGCAGGCGCAGUUGAACCUGCCACCCCUGCUGUUGGACGAGCUGAGGGCCAGACUGGAGCAGACUGUGGGCCUGACUCUGAAUCAGUUCAAGGAGAAGGAGGAAAGUCACCGGGGCCUCAAGAGACUGACCCGGCUGGUGGAGCUCACGACUUUUCCGAAGACGGGUCCAGUUUCAGGUGGCAGACAGUUUAGCGCUUUCCUCCUGCUGAAGGCUCUUCGGACAGUUUCCAGGGAGAUGGACAGAGCACUGAGAGUCACGCGGGCGGACCCCAACAGUCGAGAUAACGCCAACCUGUGUGGACUGAAGAGCCUCACCGUCUCCCUCAGCCAACACCUGGUGGGUCCAAACAGCGCCAACAUCAACAACUGCAAAGGCUCUUGUCUUUUCCCGAUGACCAACACCAGAAACCAUGCUGUGCUGCUCUACUCCCACAUCGUGGGCGGAGCCGCGCAGGAGCGCGGGCCCUGCUGCGUCCCGGUGGCCUAUGAACCUCUGGAGGUGGUGGACCUGAACAAGCACGCGACGUAUCUGACCGUCACUCCAGACAUGGUGGCCACAGAGUGUGAGUGUCGCUGAGGGUCCACCACCUCUAACCGUCAAGCAGGAUGAUGUCCUCUCACAAACACGACAAUGGUCUGAGUCGUGUCAGACAACUAUCGUACAGAAAUGUCACCUGACUUUGCUGCUUAUGAGAAUUCUUCUCGUGUUUUUUCACCACAUAGUUUAUAGUCACGUGUGC